AUGCAGAGUUUCCUGAAGCUGCUGCAGGACAGUGGAGGCGCCAGCCCAUCUGUGGAGGAGCUGGUGAGCCUCGCGGGCAGGCUGUGCCGGGACCUGCAGGACGACCUCACCCAGGCACAGCCCUUGGUCACGGCCGUGCUGGAGAGCCAGCUCCGCCUGUACCUCCUGGACAACAAGGACGUGGCGGUGCUGUGCGCCCGCGUGCUGGCCCAGCAGGAGCAGCACGAAGCCGCCUGCCAGAUAUUGGAGGGAUGCUGGGUGCCAGGAGGCAGUCAGGAGCUGGUGCAGGUUUGGAAUGACAUUCACUACCAUUUGGUCAGGAAGAGGCUGGGCGUGGCCACGCUGACCUCGGUGCAAAAGUUCCGCUGCAGGAAGAGGAACCCGCCACCCCCCUCCCUCUGCCCUGACGGACUGAAGAGCCGCAACUUCCCCAGGGAGGUUCGCCAGAAGUUGCAGAGCUUCGCCUCGGGUGUGAGCAGCAGCCCCAGCAAGGCCGAGCGGGAGGCCCUGGCUGCGGAGACCAGCCUCACCGUGGAGCAGGUCUACAACUGGUUCGCCAAUUACCGCCGGCGCCAGAGGGCGCGGCUCCAGUGUUUGGAGCCGCAGCCCUCAGGCCAGCCCCACCCCGGCUUCGUGGGUGGGCACCCACCUCAGUGGGCAGGAGGUGAGGAGAAUGGGCCGGCUCGAACCCCGGUGACCACUCCAGGGUUUUGGCAGCCUCCGGCCCUGGCCUUGGAUGUUUCUGGAGACGGGACAAUGCCCGAAUCACUGACUCCCAGGCGGGUGCUGUGA